GAAGAGCGGCUGCCGGGGAGGGGAGGGAGUCCCCCAAACCCUGCGACUCUUCAGAUUCCUCUCGGAGGGAUGGGGCGCCUCUCAGUCGUGAGAGGCCUCCGAAAAUGAUCAUCUACUGGCGGAGGCCGCGCCUGUCCCUGUUUGCUGAGGCUCAUGGGAGAUGUAGUCCGAAGGGAGGGGGCGCUGCCUUCGGAGCAGACGUGUGAUUGGCCAGGGCGGUGUCGCCAGGGCAACGCGCGAGGGGCUGACCGCUGGGUCCGGGGAGAGGCGCGCGGGACCGCGUGGGCCCACUUACCCGAAGUGGCCUCGGGUGGCCGAGGUCCCCCUUGGUGGCUGCAAGAAGACUCCUGGCACAACAAUGCCAUCCCCACUGGGCCCCCCGAGUCUGCCCUCUGUGGACCCCGAGGCCACCCUGGAGGAUCCUGAGGCGGCACGCCAGCGCUUCCGGGGCUUCUGCUACCAGGAGGUGGCGGGUCCCCGCGAGGCGCUGGCCCGGCUCCGUGAACUCUGCCGCCAGUGGCUGCGGCCCGAGGCGCACUCCAAGGAGCAGAUGCUGGAGCUGCUGGUGCUGGAGCAGUUCCUGGGCGCGCUGCCCCCCGAGAUCCAGGCCUGGGUGCGGGGACAGCAGCCAGGCAGCCCUGAGGAGGCCACUGUCCUGGUCGAGGGCCUGCAGCAUGACCCUGGGCAGCUGCUGGGCUGGAUUACAGCACGCGUCCUGAAGCAAGCGGUGCUCCCAGCCACGCAGAAAACAGAGGAGUCUGUGGGGAGCUCCAACCCUUCAGGGACAGUGGAGCCCCUAAGGGCAGCCUCUGGGGAGGGGUCCAAGGAUGCCCAGUUGGAGGGGAACGCCCAGCUCAGCUGCAGCGUGAAGGAGGAGCCUGAUGGCUACGGGCAGGAGACAGCACCGUCCAGCCCCCCACAUGCAGCCCGGUCCCACGAGGGGCCCGCUGAACCACAGGAACCGACCUCCGUGCCCUUCCAGCCACCCAGGAUUCAGGAGGAGUGGGGGCUCCUGGACCCGUCACAGAAGGAGGUGUACUGGGACGCGAUGCUGCAGAAGUAUGGCACGGUGGUCUCCCUGGCAGGGUUGCCGUGCCCCCUGCCGGAGGCGCGCACUGAGCCGGAGCCGGAGACGCUGAGCACCGGAUCCGAGGGAGCGAGAAGCCUCCUCCCGGGUGAGUGGCCUCCCGCUCCCCGGUGGCGACGGGGGCGGGGGGCGGGGAGCCCAGGCCGCCCCGCGCCUGGGGGGCUGCGGGCGGAGUCACCAGGCGACCUGGCUCUGCCACCUCUGCCCCCCCACCAGGAGGAGAGAGCGAGAGCUCCCGGAAGGGCCAGCCCGGCUGCCCGGAGGCCCCGCCGCCCGCGCGGAGCAAGCCCUACACGUGCGCGCAGUGCGGCCGCACCUUCGACUGGAAGUCGGUGUUCGUCAUCCACCGCCGCGCGCACGCAGGCGGCCCGGGCGCCGAGAAGCAGCCGGUGGGGCCGCCCCGGCGCGCGCUCCCGGGCCCGCGCAGCUACGCCUGCGAGGAGUGCGGCCGCAGCUUCAGCUGGAAGUCGCAGCUGGUCAUCCACCGCAAGGGCCACGCCGGCCAGCGGCGCCACUUCUGCGGCGACUGCGGCCACAGCUUCGACUGGAAGUCCCAGCUGGUCAUCCAUCGCAAGAGCCACCGGCCCGAGGCCCCGUGAGCGCUGGAGGGGCAGCCUCGCCAGGGCCCCGUGCCCAGCCCGCCCCUGCUACUCCACUCCGCCGCAGCCUGGAGAACUGGAGGCCGCCCAGGGCAGAAGUCAGAGUCCCAGGAGGGUCCCCCAUCCCCGCUCAGUCUCCCCACCAAAGCCGCGGCUCCCUCCUCUCCUGUCUCGCCCACCCCACCUUUCAGAGACAGAGGUCUGGGCUCCAGUGCACCGACGCACCAGACCCGUGGCGGCCAGGUGACUUCCAAACCCCUUCCUGUGACAUGGUGCAGGCCGGUGCAGAAAGCCCAGGAGAGCACAGCCUGCUUCUGUUUGCAGGCAGGUGGAAGGCUAAAGUCUGUCCACUGUGCGUUUUAGAUUUUUAACAAAUUCCAGUUUUAUCCUGGAGAAGCUUCUGCGUAAGAAUCCUGAUCUCUGGUCUCUGCUGGUCAGAUCAGCAGCCCCUGCCCGGCAGCUGGAGCCUCAGAGCUGCCCGCCCACGAGCAGGGUCGGUGUCCGGCUUACCCGUUCCUCGGCCACACACGUCACUCCCUGGCCUUGUGGUCCUUCCAGCUGCCAAGUCCCAGCCUGAACGGACAUUAAGGGAACUUCUUUCCAAGUAUGGAUGGACAAGCAUGGCGUCUGAGAACAGAUGUCACUUAGGCCAUGCAUGCUGGCGGGUCAGUGAGUCCCACAGCAGGAGGACAGAGGAUCCGCUGCCUGCUGCCCAUGGCGGUCCGUCUGCGGGCGUUCAGGACUUCGGCCAGUAUCCUGUCGUACUUUCCUACUGUUGCUCUUACGAACUCGGUGGCUUGAAACAACACAACACGUACUCUCUUAGGACUCUGAAUUGGGUCUCACUGGGCCCAAUCAAGGUGUCAGCACGGCUGGUUCCUCCUGAAGGCUCUAAGGGGGGAAUCCACUUCAAGGCUUUUUCUAGCUCGUAGAGGCCGCCGCGUUCCUCGGGGGUGGCCCCUUCCUCCAUCUUCAAAGCCAGCAGUGGAUGGUUAAGUCUUACGCUGCCUCCCCCUUGUGAGGACCCUCAGGGUUACAUCUACGGCUCCCCUGGUAACCCGUGAUGAUCUCCCCAUCUCAGGGUCACAUCUCACCCAUGCCCUACCUACACGCCUGAUCUCAUCUGCAAAAUCCCUUCUGCAUGUGAGACAACAUUCACAGGUUCCAGGGAUUAGGACAUGGAUGUCUUUGGGAACUGUUACUCCACACCCUUCUCUGUCACCUUUCUGCUCUGAAAACAAGGGACAGUUUUGUGGGAAGUGGUUUCAGGGAAACAGGUGCAGCCACAGAAGGAGGCCUCUGCAGCCUCAGGCUCAUGCAGGGGUGGCAGGUGGGUGUUGAGUGUGGCUGUGACCAUGGUUACUAGCAGAGGUGGGGUGGACACCUGGGCUGCCUGGGGGGGACCUUGCUGCAGCCUGAAACUGGGAGGGAGGGGCCUCCAUCUGGAGGACCCGUCUCCUCCAUCCCCAGUCUUCUGAGGACCUUAGACCUGUCGACCACACUCAGGCCUGGGGAAGCAGAGCCAGGCUGGAGGUGGAACUGGGCACUGGUGAUCUCGUUACCGAGUCCAAGCUUGUACUGCUGGCCGCACCACAGGCCAAUAAAUUGAGAGCCGAGUUGUU